AUGUGCAGAAGUGCAGUAGUGCAGAUGUCCAGACGCUACACCGGCGUCGAAAAUGGCGAUAGUCGCGAUGGCGGAGCCCUAACAAAGCGAAGUCCUUCGUCUUUGUUUAACCGAUCCCUUGUUCCGUUUGCCAGGGACGGGUUUGACCGGCGUCAUCCGGUUCGAAGGACCAAUGUUGGGGGAUCCCUACCGGAUACCGAUCCAAAAAUCACCGGUGGAAAGCCGCGCUACCAAAUCAACGAUAUGGUUCGGGUAAACUGCACAUCCGGUCGGUCCAAACCGGCGGCCGGACUGACGUGGUUCAUCAACGGCGAGGUGGCCGAUCCGGCCUUCCUGCGCCGAUACGACACUGUGAUAACCGGGAGGGAGGGCCUCGAGACGACCAUUCUUGGGCUACAGUUCCGAGUCCGGAUGAAACAUUUCAGGCACGGUGAUAUGAAGCUGAAAUGCGUCGCCACAAUCGCUCACGUGUACUGGAAGAGCAACGAGGAAAGCGUCGAGGGCGACAAACCCAUCAAACCCCCGGCGCUCGAGUCCAAAGAGACGCUCAACCCGAACGGCUCCCGGGCAGAUCGACAAGAAAGUAACACCGGCAGCAGCAACCAUCGGCGAAGAUUUAUGGCAAGCGGUGGAACCUUCCUGUUGUUGUUGGGCUGCUCCUUGCUUUCCCUCUGGGGUCGACUGCUGGCACCCCUGCUCAAUCUACUACUUGGCUGCUCGCUCACACCGACAGGUACGAAAACGGCAACGGCAAUUCUAGCGGCGAGGCCAUCUUCGAUCAGGAGAUAACUUCAUCCAGCCGAAACCAUUCACAAAACUUCUGCUGCCAGGUGCCAGCAGAAGAAAUCGUAGAAGGCCGUCUUGUAGCAGACUUUUCUCCUGUCUACCAAAAGAUACAGCCACACAUUCGUCGAGAGAGGAGGAGGAGGUGAAGGAAGGUGAAAAUGGUGGGACACCUCACACAACUAUCCAAGUAUGCGGUGAAAUCACGUGUAUCUUAGUGGCUUUUAUAUUACGUUUUAGAUUUUAAUGAAGAAAAAGUAACCCUCCUUCCUCGAAAGAAGAGAUAUAAUGUUGAACUCGUGUGAUCCGCACUUCGACUUCUAACAUCCUCCCUCUCCCAUUUUUCAGGACCCUCUUUUUCCUACUACCCCUUACAAAUAACUGGACGACUCUUUUUAAGAUUAAAUCGAAUGCCAAAGAUAUAGCAGAAGCUGUAAAUUUUGUGAGAUUACCACCACCAUUCGUGCGACUGAACGAUUGAGCUUCAGGUGAGAAUGGAAGCGUAUGUGAGGGUGCGUGUUUGUGUGAAAAUGUUUACGUGUGUAUGUGUACAUGAGCCUCACCCAAGCCCCAACUUCCCCUGUACAUAAAUGUAAAAUUUGUUUCAAAGUUUUAUCGAUUGCAGAGUCGAAUAAAAACAACAGAUAAGAUUAUAGAGAAGAAAAUUCGCAGCACAGAGUUAGGCUGACAAAAAAUACACUAGGGUAUAAGGAAGCAUUUUUAUUUAGUUGCUAAUUUAGAAAACAAAAUCUAGGCAAAAUUAAUUGAAAGUGGCUUGAAUGAUGGCUCACUGGCAAUUGAAAUUUGAAACUAAAACAAGGUUGACAACAUCGAUUAUUCCACAAACUGCGGCCAUGCAAUUAUUAGAUGUCAAUUUAACGCAAACCAAAAAAGAAAAGAAAACACUUUCUCUCGGAUCAGUUCCGAUAGAAGCAAAGAAGCAGUUUAAACUACCAAACAGUAUAAAGCGUAUCAAGAUAAAAGAUUAAUUCCAAGAAUAUUAAAAAAUACAGAACGAAUCCUGCUACUUCAUCAUAUCAUGUGUGGAAAGCGACGUUGAGAGACGACUACUUUAAAAUAAAUCAUUAACAAAACACGAGAAGCAAAUCCAAAACCAACGGCAAAUCUUGAACUCAAACAUUUCAAAACUUAUUUAUGUGAAACCGAAACCACAAAAACAACAAUAACAAACCAUGAUCAAACUUUCGCUACUCAACUACUCAAUCAAAGCGUAUUCGUGCUGAAGCGAAUGUUACAAGUCUUCGAGUUGACUAUAUUCUCGAAAAUUCUAUGGGAUUUUUUAAACUAAAAAAGCUAUAAGAAAAUCAAACGAAACUAACUUCAUCAAUAAAACCCAAAUUUGUAUUCAAUGUUUAUUUGGAAGAACCAAUCGCAGCAAUCGAAUGAGAGAAACAGCCAAACAAAAUCGAAACUGGCCGACUACGAUGACAAGGUAAGUAUUUUCAUCCAUCCCCUAAUUUAUACGUAAAUCGAAUCUAGAGAAAAAUAAACUACAAAAAGCAGUACAAUUUUAGUGAACAAAUUCAAAUUAAAUUUCGAGAGUUCUUUUUCGAAUACCCCUAAAUACCGUUAUGAUUUUUUGGAUAUAUUUUGUUCUUAAAUACCAUGUAUACUUACUUUAAAAGCAAUUUAAAAAGUGAAAAUUCAAGCAUAUCAUGAAGCUCUCCAACACUUUGACUUUCGAUAAAAUUUUUACUCGAUAAUUUUUAUUCAUCAAAUAUGAAAAGAAGCAUGGAAUUUUUAUGGGUUUGAAAAUUUUUAACUGUGAAAUUUGCAUUUUUUAUUAAAAACAAGUAUAAAAUAGCUUCGUUACUUUUACCGCUCACAAAUAAAAAAAAAUCAAAUCAAAUUGACCCGAAAACGAAUGUGAUUGAUACUGAUUUCAGUGAUAUGUAUAAAACCUUGGUUGAUAGCAGAUAAAAUUAACUUUAUCGUCAAUUGAUUGAGACUUAAAAACCAACCAACAAUAAUCCAUCGGCUGCAAUUGUUUUCUCAUUUAAAAAAAAAAGUUUAAUAAAGAUGUUGUUCAGAUUCGUAAUCAGUCCUCCACUGGCUGCCAUGGAAACCAGCCAGCUUAAGUUUCCAACUGAUUUUAUUUGUUGUUGACACACUGAAACGCGAUAAUUCCGGAAAUAGGCAAAAGUAAGUAGCAGACGCAAGAUACAUAUACGUCUGACUCCAAGUAUUUAUUAAAAUCCAGUAAAAAUGGCUGCUCUAAUUUCAUCGAAAUCAAAGAGACGAGGCUUCUGGAAUACGGUUUGAUCACACUGUGUACAUAAUUUUUCAUAUCAUAGCAGAAACGAUUUAGUCUAUUUUAAUAAAUGUAUAAAUUAA